AUUUCCAGUCAAAGAUCAUGCUCAUUAGAUAUCGGCUAUUGCUUAUAGCAGUGAGUACAUUUUAUGGAAUCUUUUUGGUUGGCCUAGAAGCAACGAUUCAGCAAAGUCACGUACUAAGAUUCACAUUACAGCCUAUAAGUAUUAUCAAAGCUGAAGGAAAAAAUGCAUCAUUCAGUUGUACAGCUAUAAGCACUGAAGGUGUAGUAACAUACAAGUGGCUUGUCAAUGAAUCAACAUUUCUGUCUCCUUCGAACAAGAAUCACUUCACGUCUAAUAAUAGCGUCACUAUUACAAACCUGCAGAGACGUGCUGAUAAUGGGGUAUAUAGAUGUAUUGCUAUUAAUGGUAUAGGAUCAAUAUUGAGUAACAAGGCUACACUACAGGUUGCAUAUUUCGAUGUCCUCGACACAGAUCAAAGCAACACCUAUCAACGCAAACAAUACGAAUCCAUAAUUCUGCCAGCACCACGAGUAAGAAGUGUUCCACCAGCAAAACACGUUUGGAAACUGAAAGGAAACGUCAUUGAAGAUGGUCAUUCAAGUAAUAUUUUUAUAUCUCAAAAUGGUGAUCUUUCUGUGGUGGGACCUCAAAAGUCCUACGAAUUCACUUGUAUUGCACAAAACCCAGUCACAAAUCAAGAACUACGAAAGAACUACAUUCUCUUAGUCAAAGGCAAAAUCAAUAAAAUGAAAGAUACCAGGUUACUUAAGGAACCUACGAAUAAAGUUAUUGAUUCUGGCCUUGCCAUGGUGGUGUUCGAGUGCAUCGCUGAUGUCGUUCUUCGAAAGAUUAUGGGCAAAAUAGUGCUUUCAUCAGUAACCGUCCGGUGGUACAAGGAUUCAGAAAUGGUCAAUGUGAAUGGCUCUUCAAAAUAUGGAUAUCUAAAAAAUACUACAUCAAUGACGAAGAAACUGAUAAUAUAUGCACCCGACAAGGAAGACGAGGGAGAUUAUCAAUGCUCUGCUACAGGCCUUACAACUAUAACGUCUCCAAAAGCAAAACUAAUAGUUAGAGAUCCUCCUCCGACAUUUUCAACUCAAUUAGCUCCAUCAAUCAACACAUGGCCAGGAAAACGAAUAGAAAUCAAAUGUCCUUACAUGAAUGAUAGUGAUGAUUCUGAUGAAGACCCUGAUGACGAUGAUAAUAUUACAUGCAUAUGGUAUAAGAAUGCAGAGCUACUUGUUCUGAAUGGCACUAGAGUGACUGUAAAAGAAAAAAACUUGAUAAUAAAGAAUACAAAGACCUCGGAUUCUGGUUUAUAUCAAGUCCUCAUUCGUAAUAGUGGAGGAGAGGUCAUUGGAAAUGCGACGUAUCUUAAGGUUAAAGGUAAUGUUUCGUCAAGUAUUCCACCAAGGCCGACCAAGACACGAUCUCCAACAUCAACUAGUGAUAUAUAUAGUAGUUCUAUCAGCAUUUCUAGUGCAUCGACACUCGUACAAGAAUCACCAACAUCUACUGUAUCAGCAGCAUUAACACCAACAUCAAAGUCACCACCACCACCACCACCACCGACAACAACGUCUACAACACUUCAGACAAAACUACCCGAAUUAUCAUCGACGAUUUACUCAACCGAUACCUUUAUCUCCACUACGACAAUUGAACCCACCCCAACAUCCAAAAUUUUCUCAUCAAGCAUUGCAUUAAUAUUACCAAAAACAUCAACCACUACACGAACCACAACCAUACAUAAUCAAACUGUAACGGAACCUGCAACUCCGUGGACUACAGUCGCCGGUGGAUGGGAUACUACAGAUAGAACGACUAUGAAAAGUAAUGAAGACAGUCGCAAGAAGACGUCUGUAAAUGAUGGUCAAAAAGACUUGUUAAUAUGGAUUUCUGCGGCAGUUGGUGGCUUUUUAAUCCUUUCAGUAGCAAUCGUGACUAUAGUUUACUGUUGCGUCAAAGGCAAACGGCCUAGAACACAGAGCAUUAAGCUGAAAAAGGAAAAAUACGAGUUAGAGAUGAAAUCCUUAUCGAGGCGAGGACAAGGAACAGGCAAAUGUCUGUCAGCUACAGACAAAAGCUCACCAAGAAACAUCCCGGGAGUAGAUAAAAGACGACUGCUGACCAGUGAUGAAGAGUUCCUGUAUGCACCUGUUAGUGCUCUGAACAACACUGCCGCUGACCUAGACAACGAUCAAUCUCCGGCUCAACCCGUGUACGCUGAACCAUUCAAGAACACAAAAAGAAAACCAUACAAUCAUCCGUUACCAACUACUCCAGAUCCACAAGACGACAAGUCCGAAGAUCGUCCUGAUUCAAUUCAUUCAUAUCUCGAGCUUCUUGGUCCAGACGAAGUCUCGAGUGAUAUAUACGCAGAACCAAAAGAAGGCGAGUUAAACGACUGUGUUAAAAAUACUGUAAGACCCAGUGAAUGUAUUUACGACUGUGCGAGAGAAGGCGUUCUAACGAACACCCUUCGAAGGAUAAUGAAGCAAGAGAGAAAUGGUGAAAAUAAUAUCAAUCCACCAAUAUAUCACGUGCUCGAAAGUCAACCAAUAGAGACAGGAGAUACGAAAAGAGAAUCUUCACUGUAUUCUAGACCCGAGGAUAUCUUCCCCGGCGUACUCCAAUCUUCGUCUAACGAUAGACUAUCACGGUCAGAACCAUUGUAUCAUGUUUUAGAACCACUAGGUAACUUCUACAACGGCAAAGAAAAUUUAGACGACGAAUACGAGUGUUAUAAAGCAGAGGAUACUAUCAAACGAGAGAGUAUAUAUCAGCCUCUUGUAAAUUACGUUAAGAACGGAAAUACUAAUGUGAGUGGUAGUGAUAAUAUAUAUCAAGCUCUUGAUGCCAAAGCGAGGAGUCCCUCAACACCGAGCUCAGCUAUUGAUAAUGGGAACUCCUUCAACGGCACUCAUAUUCGGGAUUCCCGCGCUUUAACAGACCCCAAACGUCGUUCAAGCUACAGUGAUGAUAGUGAAGAUCUCUACCAGCCCCUUAACAGCUCCGAAAGAUGCCCGCUGGAUGUAAGUAAACCGAGAGGUAGUCUUAACAAGCUCAAGCACCCUAAAAGAGCCGAUUCUUUUUUAUCAAACGGGGAAUCGUCUUCCAGUCCUUCAUCGAGUUUGAAGCACUACUACGAAGAACUAAGACUCCAUUCUGUAGAUGUAUCACCUUCUGGAAGCUUAAAGGAAUCUAAAAAAUCUCGCCCAGGUCAUCGACGCAAUCUAAGUGACACUCAUAUGAUAGUUAAUAUUUCAAACCUGAAUCGUAGACGAGCUUCUGAGCAAGGACCAGCACUUUCUGCGACAAACACUGAACAUACCAAGUUUAGACACAAGCGUUACCAUAGUGAUGCUGGUCUGUGCCCUGUAGAUCUGAGCCAGCUUCGUGUGAGUAUUGUUCUAGAGAAUGUGAGUCGAAGUGAUGAUUCGAAUAGCUUAUAUAUGCCAUUGAUAAAAACCGGGAUAGAUCAAGAGAAUAAGAAAAGGUAUUCUCAAAAUAAGUCAUUAUAGAACUUAAUCACGCUGUGAGAUUUUGAAAAAAUGGUUUUGAUAGAAAAGGGAGAUACCAUUCACGUCGAUAUUAGCCGAACUUAGCGAUUGCACUUAAAGUAGCCAAUAUAUAAAAUGAAAUUACGGAUUUACAAUGAAAUCUAUGAGCAAUUGAUUCUCCGAUCCUGGGCUGUAAUUGGUCAAGGAAUAUUGCCGGUAGCUCGUCCCUUUCACUGGCUGAUCAGUGUUGUCCUGGUCUUUGAUUUGUCAAAAGAAUGUCGUCAAUUCCGUACCGUGCCUAACAUUUUCACUGGCUGAUCAGUGUUCUCCUGGUCUGUGAUUGGUCAAGAGAAUGUCGUCAAUUCCGUACCGUGCCUAACAUUUUCAUUGGUUGACCAGUGUUCGUCUAAUCUGUGAUUGGUCAAGAGAAUGUCGUCAAUUCCGUACCGUAUCCUAGCAUUUUCAUUACCUGACCAAAUUUUUUAAAGACUUUGAUUUGUUCAAGCAAAGUAGUCGUGCCGGCAGUAAUUAAUCAUGAAUUUUUACGCUAACAAAUAUCAAGUGAAAAACUUACCUUACAUAUGCUAUUGACUGAAAAAAAAGCAAUACCUUCAAAUUACAAAUUAAAAAAAGACCAAAGACAAAUCAUUUCUUCCCACUGCAAACUCAAACAACACAAGCAAUUUUUAUAGGCCAUUUAUUUAUCUACUCGGCUAGAGGUUUGCUAAGGAUUACUCUCAGCUGGGAAAUCUGGAUAAAUUUGCGAUUGGUUACAAUUGUUGCACAACAUGUCUCCUAGCCUUCUUUUCAAGUCUUUUUCAUUAUGAAAGAGAAUAGCCGCGCUAACAGCACCGUUGGAAAAUCCAAAAAAAGCACUCGCAUAUCUAGCUAAAUAAUCACUAGUAAACGAAAUCGUAGGCCUUAACACCAUCACUAAUCCAUUGUAUACGAUAAAAAGUAAAUAUGGGAUGAUAAAUGCCAGUAUUAGCCACAUGAACAUUCUUGUAACCUUGAAGCGACUGGUUUGGGAAGGUGUUCGCUUCGAGGUUUUUACUUGCUGCAAAGGAGCAACACGACAUCUUUUGCGACGUACAAACUUUAAAAUGCGAAGAUUGACAAAAAUUAAAAUAAUACUUGGUAUUAUAUAACAAAUGGUAAUAAAAGCAAUGAAUAAACAUCUGUAUAGAGGAAGAGUAUUAUCGUAUUUACAAAUCAAAGUGUACGAAUUUUCUUCAAUCUCAAAAUAUAUCAGUUUGUAUGUGGGCAUAGGGAUAAGCGUUAACAAAACACCUAAAACCCAAGCUCCCAUGACUAUUUUCUUAGCUUUGUGACGAGCAAGGACUUUAAAUGGAUGAAAAAUAGCAAAAUACCUCUCUAUUCCGAUGACUAAUAGGUUCAGAAUCGUAAUAACUGGGAAAAUAAAGUUGAGGAAGCGAUUGACUUUACAAAUCCAGUCAUUGUGAACAAAGUCAAUGAACAUUUCAGCUGUAACUAAGGGAAGGCUAAUAAGACAGCAAAGUAAAUCUGACAAAGCAAGACUAUUGAUGAAAUAUUCUUUCAAGGCCGAUCGAGUGAGUGCUCUUUGUAUUGCACAGCGUCUUCUUCUGUGUUGCUUGUGCUUGAAGUACAGAAUCAGGGAAUUCGCAAUCAGCCCAUACAUUCCAAACAAGAACAUGGCGGUGAAUAUAACGAGUUUGACGUUGUUACUAACAGGCGCAAAGACAUAUUCUCUGCUGAUGCUUUUGAUUGCUUGACUGAAAUUAUCGCUGCAGCUGUUUCUCGUGUUCAUGAUCUAGAAGAAAAAAUAAAAGCGAUUGUUUUAUUUAAA